CUCGUACGCAGCCAUUAGUGUUGGUAAGCGGGUUCAUUGUGGAUAGAACGUCUGUCCGGCACCUACUUUGUUUAUUUAUUAUUAUUAAUUAAGGAGCAUGCCCAUCGUGGUGAUUACGGGUCUGCCGGCCAGCGGAAAGAGCACACGUGCCCGCCAGCUGCGCGAUCAUUUCGUGGAGCGCGGCAGGAAGGUGCAUCUAAUCAGCGAAAAUGAAGCAGUGCCCAAGGCGGGGUUUGGCAAGAAUUCCCAUGCAGGUGAUUCGCAAAAGGAGAAGGUGGUGCGCAGCGAUCUGAAGUCGGAAGCCUCGCGGCACGUCAACCAGGAGGAUCUGGUCAUCCUGGACGCCGGAAACUACAUCAAGGGCUACCGCUACGAAUUGUACUGCAUGUCCAAGGUGUCGAGGACCACCCAGUGCACUCUAUUUUGCUGCAUACCCCAGGAGCAGGCGUGGACAUUCAAUAGUCAACGAACGGCGGCGGAUCAGCUGCCCGGCGACAGUGAAACGGAGCAGCCGGUGGACAACUCGGAUAUUCCCUACACCCGAGAGUCUUUCGAUGCUCUGUGCCAGCGUUACGAGGAGCCGCAGAGCAACAACCGUUGGGACAGUCCGCUGAUGGUAGUCUUGCCCGAGGACACGCUCGACAUGGAGGCCAUAUACAAGUCCUUGUACGAGUCCCAACCACUGCCACCCAACCAGAGUACUUAUAAUGCACCGCUAGGAUCGACCAACUACCUUUUCGAACUGGACAAAAUCGUGCAGACCAUCAUCAAGGAAAUCCUCGGCGCCGUCAAGAUCAAGGCCUUCGGCCAGAUGCGCAUACCGGGGAGCAGAAAUCCCGUGAAGGUCGCCACUUCGAUGAACGCCCUCCAGCUGAACCGCCUGCGCCAGAAGUUCAUCACGAGCACGUGUCACGCCAGCCAGACGUCUCCCACUCCGCUGGAGCAGGUGCCGCACCUGUUCGUGCAGUUUAUCAAUGCCAACACGAUCGGCUGCUAGUCCUUACUUCGGGCAUCAAGAUAAUGUUUUUGGAUUGAUGCCGUGAAUAAUGUGAAAAACUAAUAAAAUAUGUAGCUUAUAUAUA